GUGGGCGAAAAAAGGCCAGGUUAUAAAGGAGGCAUCCGGUGACUUCUACGAAACCAUCGUGGACCACACCUUCUUCUUCGAGCCUGUCUCCUGCGAGGUCACCAACGCGCUGGGCAGCACAAACAUCAGCAGGACAGUGGACGUCUACUUUGGGCCCAGGAUGAUGACAGAACCGCAGUCCCUCCUCGUCGACCUCGGCUCGGACGCGGUCUUCAACUGUGCCUGGACAGGGAACCCGUCUCUCACCAUCGUCUGGAUGAAGCGAGGCUCAGGCGUGGUCUUGAGCAACGAGAACAAGCUGACCCUGAAGUCCGUCCGGCAGGAAGACGCCGGGAAAUACGUGUGCCGAGCCGUGGUGCCGCGGGUCGGCGCGGGAGAGCGGGAGGUGACACUCACCGUCAACGGGCCACCCAUCAUCUCCAGCACGCAGACGCAGCACGCCCUGCACGGCCAGAAAGGGCAGAUCAAGUGCUUCAUCCGCAGCACCCCUCCACCAGACCGAAUCGCUUGGUCCUGGAAGGAGAACGUCUUGGAAUCUGGCACCUCCGGGCGUUACACGGUGGAGACGGUCAGCACGGACGAGGGGGUUAUCUCCACGUUGACCAUCAGCAAUAUCGUGCGGGCCGAUUUCCAAACCAUUUACAACUGCACCGCUUGGAACAGCUUUGGCUCCGACACGGAGAUCAUCCGGCUCAAAGAACAAGGUACGGAAAUGAAAUCAGGAGCUGGUAUUCAAGCAGAGUCGGUGCCGAUGGCGGUGAUCAUCGGAGUGGCCGUGGGGGCCGGCGUGGCGUUCCUGGUGUUGAUGGCCACCAUCGUCGCCUUCUGCUGCGCCCCCUCCCAGAGGAAUCUCAAGGGGGUGGUUUCUGCCAAGAACGAUAUCCGCGUGGAGAUCGUGCACAAGGAGCCGGCCUCGGGCAGGGAGACGGAGGAGCACCCCACCAUCAAGCAGCUGAUGAUGGACCGGGGGGAGUUCCAGCAGGACUCGGUGCUGAAGCAGCUUGAGGUGCUCAAGGAGGAGGAGAAAGAGUUUCAAAACCUGAAGGACCCCACCAACGGCUACUACAGCGUGAACACCUUCAAGGAGCACCACUCCACGCCCACCAUCUCCCUGUCGGGCUGCCCGGCCGACCUGCGUCCCACCGGCAAGCACCGGGUGCCCACGGGCAUGUCCUUCACCAACAUCUACAGCACCUUGAGCGGGCAGAGCCGCCUCUACGACUACAGCCAGCGCUUCCUGCUGGGCAUGGGCAGCCGCUCCGACGGCUACGUGCAGUUCGACAAGGCCAGCAAGGCCUCGGCCGCCUCCUCCUCCCACCAUUCCCAGUCUUCUUCCCAAAACUCGGACCCCAGCCGGCCCCUGCAGAGGAGGAUGCAGACGCACGUUUGA